AUGUCUACAGGUAAUAUUCAUAUUCUAAACGCGGAUUACUCGAGGUACGGGGUAUCUGUGUACGAUCAGUUGUAUGGGCGGGGAGGGUCUGGUGGUGAAAAGGAGCCGGUUAGAAGUCAUGAGCCUGACGGCUUCAAGAAAAGAUAUAAGUCUUUGAUGCAGGGAUCUGGACAGUGGAGGCACUGGAAGCAGAAGCAGAAGAGGGCCGGUCCCAAAUCUGUUGUCAAGGCGAAGGCAUUUCUUGGAAGGCUGCAAGGGGAGAAAAGGAGGCAAGAACCGCAAGUGCGGGAGACUGAUUUUGCAGAUAUCAAUUGUUUACCUGAGGAGAUUAUCUGCAGAAUUAUUGAUAAUUUAGGUGAUCGGGAGGAGCAGUUACAGUGUUUGUAUGUUUCAUGGAAAUGGUCUGAGUGUGCCAAACGGAUUAUUUACAGGGAUGUCAGUUUUACCAGUACUUAUAGAGUCGGGCAGUUUGUUACUACACUAAGGAAGAAUAACAACUAUGGGAAAUAUGUGGACUCUAUAGAUUUAUCGCAGUUGAAGAAUGGGUUUGUUUGCCUUCCGGAAUCUACAGAAGCCGAGGAAGCAGCCUCGAUGUCAGCGUAUGGGGUUGAACUUCCGGAAUUUGCAUAUGCAGGUUGGAGAGACUGGAGAUAUAGAAACAACUCCCUCUAUGGCUCCCAUAUGCUAAGCAGUAUCAACCAUACUCGCGGGAGAAGGGGUAGUGAUAUCUCCUCCACACACUCUAGUAUCUUUUCCAAUACUUAUCCGAGAGGUCGCUCUGGUUCGACAACAUCAAUUGUGUCAAAAACCACUCAAGGUGCAGGAAACAAAAAUGUAAUGACGAAAAUAAGACGGUUCUUCUCGAGCAAUUUUGAAAUGUCAAGCGCUCAGCAAGGACCAUUGCAUGAAGAAAUCGAUGACGAAAGAUCUCCGUCCUCGUCUCCAUCUCUAUCUCCUAGCUCUAUGGAGGAUAAGAUGCCAAAAAAUUCAUCCCUACCUUACACCAACAAAUUUUUGCUUAAAUACGCUCAUCUUCGUGAUUUACCAAUUGGAUACAUUCUACACAUAUUGCGCAUAUGUGUAAACCUUCGCAGCCUAAAACUCUCCAACUUAAUGAUUUCUCCAGAUUUUCAGAUUGAAGUCCUGAAGUACAAAAGAAGCGAAUACAUAAGUUUUUUCCCGGAGGACCAAGAGGAGGCUUAUCUUGGAGAUGACGACGAGUUAACUGAGUCGGGCGAGCCAAGGGCCAAGUAUUUCUCUGACAGUGACAAACCUUACCAUCAUUACAAAGACCAACAAGCAGAUACCAUUGCAACUGGCAGAUUUGGGACAACGUCGGAGAAUUAUAAUAUGUUUACGAACAAAUACACCCCACGUAAGAAAUUCCAAUUAAAGAUGUUGACGAAUGAUGAUUUAUGCGAUGCUAUAUUAUCGCUCAAACAUCUUCGCAAGUUGGAAAUUGGAAAUGUGGUCUGGUUAGUGCAAAGGGAUAUGAAAAGAUUAAUUUCGCAAACAAUGUUUAAAUGUCUACAGGAGCAGCGCCCCAUGAAUGAAGUUUACAUGAAUUUCGAGGGUAGUGGUCUACAAACAACGCUACCACUUGCGGGACAAGGACCCCUGGAUGGAAUGGUAGCAUUGAUUAUUCUCAAUGACAUGAUGAAUAACAGAAGUGACGAAGAGAUUCUUGAAUGGUUCGAAUUGAGAUGGGUGCCCGUUUUAAGGAUGAUAAUCCAAUGCGGGGAUCAAGUUCAUCUUGCUAGGGCCAGCGAACAAUUGAACUACAAGGUAGUGGACCAUUCUUCAAACGUAGCCAUUCCAGUAAGGGAAAUUUCGAUUUUGAACUCUACAACGGGCCAAUUCAGCUACCUGGUAAAGAUAGAUCCUGUUUCGAGCUGUCUUCACCUUAGGAUUGAAAACGGCACUCCACGCACGGCUACAGACAAUAAGCUAAAACAAUGCACAGAUAUGCUACUAGAAAGAGUAAAUCAUCUAAGAGAGGGCCAGCUAUUGCAACACACUGGGGAAAACUUCCUCUCUGCGGGAGGCAUGCGAUACGACCUGAUCUGA